AUAAUCUUAUAUCCCUGCCUGUUAUAUUUAUUUUUUGUUCAAUUAUUACUCGAAUAAUGUUUAAAGAUGAUGUUACAGUUCAAUUGUCUGUUCGAUUGUUUAAAAAUUGAUUUGUAAUUUUGACAUUUGCAGGGCUCCCAACGUUCGAACGAAAAAAUAUCCCACUUCCCACCCACAUUCCUCAUGAUAACUCCACUUCUCAGCUGAUCAUUAAAUCAAAACAUUUUUUAUACACACAACAAAAAUAUAAACAAUAGCGCAAUAUUAGUCAUGUUACAUGUAGUUAGUUAAUAGUCAUAGAGCAUUGUUCGCGAUGAAGUCGAUUUUGGACUCAGUGACGUCGAAAAAUAACAAUAGAAAUGCGACAGCAAUCAAGGAAAAUAUUACAACCCUUUUAAAGGAAAACGUGGCUCAGAUUAUGGUGGCUAGCACGGAAACAGAUGAGGUAACUGAUGAAGGGGCUUUUGAUUUAUGCGCUAUCAUCGAAGCCAUAUUCUUGCAUGGUUUAAAAGAUGGUUUUAUGAACCGAUUUCGACGCACCCUGGACGUUGACCAGCAAUGCAACUUCAGUUUUUGGAACCUGCUGAUGGAAAUUUCACAUCAGGAAAAUAUAAAACAGGUAGAAAAGUUGCGCUCGAUCAAAACUGAAGUAGGGCAGUGUCGUGCAUGGAUCCGCAUUGUGCUUAAUGAAGCUUUACUUUCUUCCUAUAUGAAAACUAUCAAAGAAAACAGGAAAACUUUGCUUAGAUACUAUCAAAGUUAUGCUUUCUUGCUGGAUAUUGAGUGUGUGGAUAUUGCACAGAUACUCAUUGAGAAAGUAGAGGCUGUCACUGUGAAAUUGCCAUGUAAUUCAGGAAUUUUAAACAAUUGGGUCGAUUUUCCUCUCUCAUUGGCUGGAAUUGCUCAUAGACCAAUGAGAUUGAAUCAGAUAGCUCCAGGGGUUGAUAUUGCGCAAAUGUUGCAAACAUCUAGCUCGAGAAACUCGGAAACAUGUUCGAUUGCCUCAUCAAUCAUCUCUCAAUCAUCCGGUAUUGGACAAAUCGUCUCGUUGAACGAAGACGAAGCUUUGAAAUUGAUUCUAAAGACGCAUUCAGACAUGGACGAACAACCAGUGGAGGCCUUAGAAGAAGAUUCACGCCCGCCGACAACGGAAUUAAAACCAAUUCCAGCUGUUAAUCUUGACAAUACCGAUCAACAGGUGCAAAGUAAUAGUUUAGGCAAUAUUUUAAAAGAGCAAUCAUCAGGUUGGUCGUAUGAUAAAACCAAUGACGUACCGGAGACUCCCGAGGAGAAAAUGGAGAGAAGUUACAGUAGUUUAGUGGAGAGUAACUUUCUAAAUGGUACACAUAUACGUACGCCGGAUUUUCGAGAUGUUUUACACAGACUUAAUAAUGAUAGUAAUGAUGAGUCACAAGUUGAAGAAAAUGCCAAAAGUAGUGAGGAACAAAACACAGACGAUGAAAAACCGACUAAAACGGACGAAAUUCCAACUACACCAACAAAAACUAUUUCUUUUACUGAUCAAGUGACGAUUUUGGGUAAAGAGCGAGGUCUAGACGCGCAAGAUUACAAGUGUUUCGCUUGCAAGAAGCAAUUUUCAUUGACAAACAAAAUAAUGGUUUGCACCUUUACUGGUAACUACUACUGUGAUACAUGCAUGGCGAGCGAAGAAAUCGUGAUACCAGCGCGAAUUAUCUACAACUGGGACUACAAAAAGUAUCCGGUGUCGCAAUCGGCGUUUAAUUGUCUGAAUGAAAUCAAAGAUGAUCCAUUGGUGGACUUUAAAACCGCCAAUCCGUAUAUUUACACCGCUGUUGACGAAAUGUCCCGCUUGCAGACCCUGCGAAAUCAGCUCAAUUACCUGCGAGCUUAUCUUUUUACCUGUCGUGAACCCGUCAUAGAGGAGCUACAAAAGAUGAUGUAUCCUAAGGAAUACAUGUAUGAGCACAUACAUCAAUAUUCAGUUUCGGACUUACUUCAAAUCAAAGAUGGCGGAUUGGCGCUGCAGUUGGAGAAAGUUGUCAAUUUCGGUCGUGAUCACGUUUUGAAUUGCUGGUUGUGCAGUCAGAAAGGUUUCCUUUGCGAGUUUUGCGCUGAUACGAAGCCGUUGUUUCCCUUUGACACUGAUAACGUCUACAGAUGUAAUCAAUGUAGUGGAGUAUCGCACAAAUCGUGCCUCAAUGCGCUGAAACCCUGCCCGCGAUGUAUGCGCAAGCAGAAACGUGACGAAGAAGCAUUUUUAUAAGUAUUCAAAGUAUUUUACGUUAAAUUUGGUAAAUUAUUAAUAUUUUAUUCGUCCAGUACACUCACUGGGGUUGUAAAUACCGUUUUAAAUCGUUUAGUAUUGUGUUUUUUUUUUCUUUCUCAACUUGUUUUCUUAAAUACACCCAUCGAGAAACUUAA